CCGUCCUACUCAGCAUCCCGGAAGCGCCGCAUCAUUUGCUUCUUCAGGAACCGACGCAUCAUCGUCAGGUUUGACAACAACGAGGACAGUGGCAAAAACAUCGGCCUGACCCGCAGAUAUUUACUCGUUUCCAUGCGGAUUUCAUAUUAAACGGACAAAUGAAGUGACAAACAGGAUAAAAUGUCAUCUUUCCAGGUGGUAGAUUCGUCACCAGGAAGCAGCGUCAGCGUCAUGGAAACAUCCAACUUUGCCCAUGUCAUCUUCCAGAAUGUGGGCAAGAGUUUCCUGCCCCAGGCGCCCCUGGAGUGUCGCUACACUUUGACUUCUUAUAUUACCCCCCACCCCAAAGACUGGGUGGGCAUCUUUAAGGUGGGUUGGAGCACAGCCAGAGAUUACUACACCUUCCUGUGGUCUCCUAUGCCUGAAAACUACGAACCAGGAAGUACCGUGCACAGGACUGUGGUAUUUCAAGGCUACUAUGUGCCUAGGUCUGAUGGAGAGUUCUACCAGUUCUGUUACGUUACACACUCUGGCGACAUCCGAGGAGCCAGCACGCCAUUUCAGUUCAGAUCAGCCACGCCCACGGAAGAACUGCUGACGGUCACUGAGGACGACAGCAACUCCGACAUACUGGUCGUCACCACCAAGACUGGUUUGUUAGAGCGAGUGGAGGAGGCGCAACAGGAGCGCAGGGAGCUGCUGAAGGCCAUGCGGCUCCUGCAGGAGGAGAAGCAGCAGCUGCAGGAGGAGCAGAAGCGACUGGCCAGGGAGAGGGAGCAGGAGAGGGAGACGUGCUGCCUGCUGCGCACGCACAACCAGGAGCUGCUGCGCUCCUCGCAGGGCCUGUCAGAGGAGAGGGAGGAGGUGAGGAGGAGGCUGACAGAGGCCACAGACCGGGUCCGCCAGUUGGAGGAGGACCUGCUGGGAGUCACCCAGCGGGGCCUUCAAAAGGAGACCGAGCUCGAUUGUCUGCGUGACCGUCUGAAGAAGCUGACCGCAGAGCGAGACAGUUUGGAGAACCAGCUGAAGAACGAGAAGGAUGAGCGAGACCUCUACAAGGCCCACCUGCGCAGCACUGAGCUGGAGAACACCAAGCUGAGCGCGGAGCUGCAGAUGCUGAAGGCAGUGGAGCUGAACCGAGAGGUAACCAUUGCCCAGUUCCAGGAGGAGCUGGAGCGGCUCAGGGCCUGCGUGGCCCAGCGGGACAGUCUGGAGAAAGAGCUGCUGGCACACAAGGCUGAUAAGGCCGAGCUGGGCCGCGUGCGCGAGCAGCUCCGCCAGGCUGAGGAGCAGCUGCAGGCGUCCCGGCAGCAGGCCUCCAUGCUGGCCUCGGAGCUCCGCGACUCAGCCAGCGCCCGCGACCACACGAUGACCGAGCUGUACCACGCCCGCUUGGAGGCCGACAAGCUCCGCGCCAGCCUGGCUGAUGCUCAGGCCGAGUGCCAGCGCAUGGAGAGCCAGCUAGAUCGCAUGAGGAGUACCGCACAGAAGGAAGUGGGAGUGGGCACCAGUGAGCAGGUGACAUCCAGUAUGAUUGUGGUGUCAGAGGCAGAAGCUGAGCUGCAAAGGGAGGUCGAGGAGCUGAAGCUGCGCCUUCAUAUGGCUGCCGAACACUACAAGGAGAAGUACCGCGAGUGCCAGCGGCUCCGCAGGCAGGUGGCCAAACUGAACACUAAUGAGGCCCAGACAGAGGCAAAGAGAAACGCAUCCACUGAGACAACACAGGAGCCACUGACCCCUAGUCCAGAAUCACCAACAGGAGGCAAUAUAGCAAUUGCAGCUUUACAGGAAGCGGCUGAGAUGACAAUCACCACAGAGGUUUAUAAUCAGGAUCUCGCACCCAUCAGCAGUGACAAUGAAGAAAGACAACAAGAGGGGAGGUGCAAAGUAGAAGGAGUAGGAGAAGUGAGCCAAAAGGAAGACGGGGAAGAAGGAGUGAAAGAAAAUGAGAAGGAGAGCCUGUCAGAGGAGAGCCUGAGGAUGGCGAGCUGGGUGGAGGUGGAGAACGAGAGGCCCAGCGCUGUGGAAGGCCGUGAGGUGGGGAGUGCAUCCGACUCGCAGGACGGGAUGAAUGAGGAGGAGCAGGUGCCGCCGAAGGUGAGAGCGACGGAGGAGGAGGCGGCGAUGGAACAGACUCUCUCCGUCGAGGAGGAGCUGGCCCUGAUGGAGGAGAAAUGGAGGGAGCAGUGCGCCAUUAAUGAGACGCUGAAACAGCGACUGGCCGACGAGGAGGAGCGAUUCAGAGUGCAGAUGGCGGAGCGAGCCAGCGAGGUGACGGAGCUGAAGCGCAACCUGGCGCAGGCGCUGAGAGACAAGGAGCAGUUACAGGAGGAGCUGCGGCGCUACAUGUCCAGACAGAGGCAGCAGGAGGCCGGUGUCCAGGGCGCGGAGGUCAGGCAGCCUAUGGUGCUGCGUUACCCCAUGCCCUACCCCCAGGACCCGUCGCCCCCACCGCUGGUGCCGCAGAGGCCCGCUGAGCUGCAGUACGGCAACCCCUACUCCACCGACACCGCGAGAGUGGCGGACGCCGCCUCGUCGCCCGAGCACAUGUCCCGUCCGCCGCCCGAGGCCCCGCCCUGCACGCCUCCCUGCGCGCCCCCACUCACACCCUCGAGCCCCGGCCCCGCGGCACCGGGCUGGGACCAGGAGGUGGUCUGCAUCCAGCCCUGUCGGACCACGACCCCCCCCGAAGGCCUGGAGCAUCCGCCGGAGGAGCCACGAAAUGUAAACGUUUCUGACGGGGCUCAGACAUCCUGUGACCAUCAGUCCAGCAGACACAGUGAAGCCAGGAGCAGCUUCUGCUUCGACUCCAGCAGCGACGUCCACAAGCGCUGCCCGUUGUGCGAGGUGAUCUUCCCGCCCCACUUCGAGCAGCGCAGCUUCGAGCAGCACGUGGAGAGCCACUGGAAGGUCUGCCCCGUCUGCUCAGAGCAGUUCCCCCUCAACUGCCAGCAGCAGCUCUUCGAGAGGCACGUCCUCACGCACUUCGACGGCCACGUGCUCAACUUUGAGCAGAUCGAGUGAAGGGAGACGGGGGGCGAAGCUGCGUACACUCGACGUAUUGUGUGGGUAAAUGUACGUUGUCGGCUAUUAGUUCGUUUUGAUUAGGGUUGGUUUAAGUCUUGUUAUUAUUCAAUCAUUAGCACUUUUGCUGCGGUUUUAAUGGUUAGAAAGAAUGUACUCCACUACUGAAAGCAGAGUUCGUCCAUUGGUGGCUUUACAUUAAUACACAGUGGGCAAAAGGAUGAUUAACACUACGGAGCAGCCAUGGUCCUGUUUAUUUUUUUAAUCUUUGUUUUAAGGGACUAAAUCUAUAAGUGCAUGCAUGUUGUAUUGCAUUCAGAAUCAUUUAAAAUGACAAAAUUACAGGUGUGAACUGUAGCUGCUGCAGCUCUGGAACCAGGGCUUUGGAAAAGGAAAGCAACACUAGGGUUUUACGUCUCCGUUCUCUCCCAACCUUGAAUAUUUACAAUACGUAGGAUUAACCUGUAGCAAAGCGUGAUAAGGCGGAAGAGGUCAAAUGUCAAGUGUAAAUGCACCUAAUGGUGGGAAGUGGUGUUUGACUGUACGUAUAAUAGUGUUUCGCAAAGACGUCAAAUGGUUUCAGCACCAACAGCACUACAUCAUCAUGUAUCUGCACUAAAUGCGGCUUUAUUCUGAAUGUACUGUACAUAUAAACGCAAGCUGUGCAGAGACCUGUGAAUUACUGUUAUGACUCUGCUUCCCCUCAUCCCUUAUGUUGUGGUCAUGAAGGAGUGACGGACCAACGAUGAUUUACUCACUGAUGUGCACUUUUUGGUCUUUGGUCAGUCUGUGAGAGAUUCUGUACUAAAUGCCCUGCGGGGAUCAAAGUUACGGACACUUUUACUGUUAUAUACUUCCAUCAUUUUAAAGUUACAAGUUACUGUUUCAAGAGUCAUUUCCGUAUGUGUGUCUCCAUAGGGCUUCAUACACCGCUUCUCUAUUUUCAUGUCAUGACCAUGGAUCGUGUUGUGUUCAGGCUUUUAGAAUUGCACAUGCCCAGUAAUCAAAAGGCAACCGUAUGUGUGUGCGUGUGAGUGUGUGAGUGUGUGUGCCUGUACAGUACGUCAUGUGUCCAAUGAAACCCUUUUCAUGUUGGAACGUCUGGACAGUGGUUAACGUGUGCAUUGCAAAGAAAUUUAUGAAUAAAGAGCUUGUGUAAAUGCAUUUAA